GGCAGUGCGCAGGCAACAGCUGAAAUGAACAGAGAGCGGUGUAGUGUGUGUAUGCCUCUGGAUCUAAUAUCACCUACCUGUCCUUGUCACUCUGAUAGUCAGCCGAGGUAGCCGCUGUUUACCACCGAUGCUAGUAUGGCAGCACUCAAUGGCCUCUUUUAAAGCAUUUUGCAGUUUAAACAGACAGAGGGCUUCAACUCAGCCGCAUCAGGAACUCAUCUGCUGUGCGCUUUUUGGAGAACUGAAUACAUUCCGCAGACGGACUUUCCGCUUAUCAUCGCUGCACUAAAGGGACUUACUCUGCUUUUGACAGCCAGUUUUUGCGAUCUUCUACCGAUGAACUCUAUGAGGGAUCCAUUAAACAUAGACCACCACCACCUAACAGGGAAUAAACUUGCCUCCGCGCACCACACGGCUCUGGCGAUGGCCUCCACUUUACAGCCGCUGCAGCGGUCUGUGGACUCGAAACACCGGUUAGAGGUGCACACGGUGUCGGACACAUCCAGUCCGGAGUCAGUCGAAAAAGAAAAGAACCAAAAUAAAAACGACGACUCGUCAGACGACCCCUCCAAAAAGAAGCGGCAGCGGCGGCAGAGGACUCACUUCACCAGCCAGCAGCUGCAGGAACUGGAGGCCACUUUCCAGCGGAAUCGCUAUCCGGACAUGAGCACGAGGGAGGAGAUAGCCGUGUGGACCAACCUCACAGAGGCCCGGGUCAGGGUUUGGUUCAAGAACCGGCGAGCCAAGUGGAGGAAACGGGAAAGAAAUCAACAAGCCGAGCUCUGCAAAAACGGCUUCGGCCCGCAGUUCAACGGACUCAUGCAGCCCUACGACGACAUGUACCCCAGCUAUACGUACAACAACUGGGCCGCCAAGGGCCUGACGUCGGCCUCUUUAUCCACCAAAAGCUUCCCCUUCUUCAACUCCAUGAACGUCAACCCCCUGUCUUCGCAGACCAUGUUCUCGCCGCCCAACUCUAUAUCCUCCAUGACUUCCAGCAUGGUGCCGUCGGCGGUCACCGGCGUGCCGGGCUCCAGCCUCAACAGCCUCAAUAACUUGAACAACCUCAGUAACCCGUCUCUCAACUCCGGGGUGCCCUCCUCGGCGUGUCCCUACGCGCCGCCGACCCCUCCUUAUGUGUACAGGGACACUUGUAACUCCAGCCUGGCCAGCCUGAGACUGAAAGCCAAGCAGCACUCGAGUUUUGGAUACGCCAGUGUGCAGAAUCCGGCCACUAAUCUGAGCGCUUGCCAAUACGCCGUGGACAGACCAGUCUAAUACCUAUCUGCACUGCAAAAAAUAACCACCUUAGCAAGUCAUUAUAGGCUGGUAGUGACGCGUAAAGUGGGAGAGAGGAAAUCUGGCGCUGAGAUAAUUGUACUUUUCCGUGUGUUUUGGGAAUUUUCUUGAUCAUAUGGCAUUUUCUUGGACUUUUUAAGACACUAUUCAGACUUUUUCCUCGAGAUAUUGCCACAUGUUUUUUGAAAAUCCCCCAAACAUCUCAAAGACACAAGUGAGAUUAUUCAUCCAUUUAUUUUAGGGGAGAUUAAACAUGAUUCUGAGGGUGAUUACAAGACCAAGUGAUUUGCUAUGGUGGUCAUUUUUUGCAGUGUGUGGGUAAUCACAAACAGCCGGCCACAGGAACAAGAGACUACUACAACUACUUUUUCAUUUUUUCAAAAAAGGGCACUAGAAGACUGAACCACUGAAACAAGCUCAACUCCAGGUCGGAGUCAAAAACUGAAAACGGGAGAUUUUAGGUUUUAUUCCCCCUUUUGAUGAGUCCAGGCCUGCUCCACACUGCGCCACAGUAAAACAAAAGAAAAGGCCUGUUUUAUUUUUCAUAGCUCGUCAUGAGGGUUUUUUUUCUGGUGGAUUUUUUUUGGACGUUAAUUGUUGACUGAAAAAAGGUUGUAUAUAUUUGAAUUAUCAUCUCCUGUUUUGUCGAGGCGAAUGCGCUAUAACCCUCCAGUCCUCUCCAGGUUCAAUUUAUCAACGCAUGUGGAAAAAGAGAAAAAAAAAGAAAAACCCUAAAAAGGAAUCAUGUUUUGCUUGCAAACAAAAGGGAAUGUACAUACUAAAAAAACGCACCAGUUGUGUGUUUCUAACAUAUUAUAAAUUUAUUAUUAAUGUCUGUGUGAAUAUCGAUUUAGAAUAGCAAUUCUGGAUUUAAAAAAAGAAAAGCAUCAAAAAUGUUCCUGCGACAAAUUAUUUGGUUUUUGCUCUGUGUAUACUAUUUGGUACGGAAUUAUGUUUUUUUUUUUCAACAUCCAAAAAAACUAUUGUGUUUUAUUUAAUGGAAGUAAAUAUAUUGUUCAAAAACAUUCUGAUUUUUAUUGAAUCUUUGUGUUAGUUAGUCUGUUAGUGGAGUGUAAAGCAAUGACAGUGUGUCUAUAGCCUUUCGAUUAUGUGAGGUGCUUGUGCGGCUAAUCUAUAGAGGAAAACAAUGGGCCCGCUCCAAUACACAUAGCGAGCGAGAUGCUCCGUCAGAUUAACUGCUGAAUACAUGUCUGCCUGCUCAGCCAAGAGCCUCGGCUGGUCCACUGGUGCUUGAAAUAACACGGGAAUCAACAAACAGGAGUUGGACCACACAACAGUGACAACAGUCCAUUAGGGUUUGUUUUUUCUCCCUGUGUUUGAACUCAGAGGAGAUUGUGAAGAGGAUUAUUAGACAAAAACAUCUUCAUUUGAUCCCAUUAUUGCUUUAAUAAGGAUUUUUAUGAAAUCGAAAUGAUCUAAAUUCAUAUUUUAAGCUCCAUAAAAUGUAAUUGUUAAAUCUAAAUUAUCCAUUUUUUGUCCAGAGUUUAUCUUCAUAUUUUUAAUGCCACUCUUGUUCCCUAUAUGCUCCAGAAAUCUGCAUUAUCUCCAUGCAGCCUAUCUGACUUAUACGUGCAUCUGUUUGCUUUUGCCCUGUGGUUUUCUUUUGUAUCUUGGCACUUUUUAAGUCAUGCUCCAUAGCGCGCAAAUGCGCCAAAGCAAAACAAAGCUACGGUCUGGGGGAAACUAUGAUUCACAAGCUUGAGCAAACAAGCGCGCACACACACACCGAGAGAGAGACAGAUACGGAGGUAUGUGGGCCGAAGCUGAGUGGAGGAGGCGGGGGGACAAGUGGAGCUCUGUGGCUGCAGGCAGAGCGCAGGCACCGGGGAGGAAACACUGCAACAGUCCUGGCAGGAAAUAAAAGAAGCGAGUAAAUAGUCUGGGUGUACUGUGCGCUGCCAUGCGAUCAUUUU